GCUUUUUUCAUAGAGAAAUGUCAGGGAGCGAAGAAGCACAAGCAUCGAAAACGAACACAGAUCCAAAAGACGAGUCGCUGAAGUUUGCCUUAGCUCUCUCUCUUCUCCGAUCCAAGCUCCAUCAAAGCCAGCCUCCUCCGCCGUCAAAUCUCUCCGACUCCGACGCUCUCCGAUGGAAGCGAAAGGCCAAGGAACGAAAGCAAGAGAUUUUCAGACUCAGAGAAGAUCUCAAGGAAGCUGAAGAUGCAUCUCAGUGUGAUCUGUUCCCGCAAAGUGCUUCGUGCAAGUGCUAUUUCUUUGAUAAUUUGGGGAAAUUGAGCCCUAAGCGACUCGAAGUCGAAGAUGGCUCUGAUCGCAGAUUCAACGACGUUCUUCGCCGGAGAUUUUUCAGACAAGUUCGCUUCAAGGAAAGGAGAAGACGAACAAAUGGAUCAAUUCAGCGACGCCAAUUUUCAGAUUUGAACGCUGACGAUGAAAUCGAGCAGCUCAGGGCCUCAGUUGAUUUUCUUGUGGAGCUUUGCGAUACCGUUUCUAAUGUGGAGAAGUCUAGUUUUACUAACUGGGCACAUCAAGCUGUGGACUUUAUUUUAGCUUCAUUGAAGAAUCUCUUAUCUACUGGAAAGAACAUGGAACUCAUUGAAGGAAUUGUGAGCAGCUUAAUAAUGCGUUUGGUUAGAAGGAUGUGUUCCCCCUUGAAAUUAGAUGAGUCUCUACACACUGACUCUGAUGCCCAAUUCUAUGUUCAACACCUGAUCCGUAAACUUGGAAGUGAAGCCUACAUUGGACAACGUACAAUACUUUCAGUUUCUCAAAGAAUUUCUGUACAAGCUGAAAGUUUGCUUUUCUUAGAUCCAUUUGAUGAGGCUUUUCCCAACAUGCAUGAAUGUAUGUUUACACUGAUCCAGCUUAUUGAGUUUCUGAUAUCGGACUACUUAUUAAUGUGGUCAAGGGAUGAAGGUUUUGACCAGAUGCUGUUUGAGGAGUGGUUGGCAUCGGUUCUCCACGCACGGAAAGCAUUAGAACUUUUGGAAAACAGAAAUGGGCUUUAUGUGCUUUACAUUGAUCGAGUCACAGGUGAAUUGUCUAAACAAGUGAGCCAGUCUUCAUCACUCCAGAAGCUCAAACCAGAAAUUCUUGAUAAUCUGUUCCAAUGACUACAGCAUAUUACUUAAAAAAAUUUAAGCCCAUUCCUAUCCUACAUUUAAAAAAAAAAUAUAAGUGUUGGAUUGGCUAAUAUGACAAGAGAUAUAACUAAGGGAGAUCUCUCUCUCUCUCUCUCACUGUCUCUCAUGAAUGCAUGCAUGAACGCAUAUGUAUCGUGCUUACUAUGAAUAAGGAAACUGAUUAUCUACUUGUUUACUAACAAGACUCGCAUUCGCAUGUCUUUUUAA